AAGACACAGAAGGCCGAUCACUUUCAGAAACGGCAGCCGUUUCGCCCUGGACAACAAGAAACGGCUGGGAAUCAGGGAGGAGUCAACUCAAGCGAGCGGCAGAAGAGCCGGUUUUGGCACACAAAGCAGGCAACAAGCAUCCAUACCUACAUUAUAACCGAUCUGUUACCGCGUGCUUUCCGGGUGGCUUCAGCAAGCACCAUGGCAGCAUUUCUUCUCUGAAGCUGGUCAUGCCAAUGCAGGCUGAGGUGCCCCCAAAGCUCAACCUGUGAGCCAGCUGGAACCAACGCGGAUCGGUCUCAUCAAUGAGGUAGCCUGACCGCCUUUGAGCAUUGUGCCCCAGAAAAGAUGGCCCGCACAAAGAAGCAAGCGCAGCCAAAGUGGAAGAGGGAGCAGGCUAAGAACCCACAGGCGCAAACACAACACAAUGGAGACGCCAUGGAAACAGACAGCACAGCGCCGGCAGAAGAGAUUGCUCAGGUUGCCACCGAACACAAUGAUGCAAACGAGGGAGGGGAGAGUGACGCGCCGAAGAAGGUCUCCCUGGGGAAGCUAAAGAAGAAGCAGCGGUGGGAGCAGAAGCAGCUGAAAGUGAAAGUUACGAACCUGAAGAAAGAAAGGUUGAAAUUGGGCAAGAAGAACCCAGAACACAAAGCGGAUCGGAAAGCUUUGACGAAACAGAUGAAGGCAAUGCUUGCGGAGCAACAAAAAGCCCACACGGAAGAAAUGCAAAAAGGAUUGUCAGUUGCAUAGUUGCUGACGCAAGAUGCUGGAUAGCGCAGAUGGUCUGGCGAAGGUGCUGCCGCCACGCCAUAGCGCCUUCUCAAAGCAUCGCUAAGACAGAUACUCGACAAGCACACGCCUGCAGACUGUUCUGCGGACGUGUCCUUGAGGAUUGCCGUGAAUCUAGUGAACAUUCUCGAAUCAGCAGACGCAGCAAGAUUGUCAAAGCCGCAGGCAGACUCGAGCCCCUCGUGCACUGGAGCAGCUCAGAGAAGCUGACCUUCCACUUUGUGCCCGGAGAAUGGGCGGACUUCAAAGUCGAGUCCGCUGGUAGCGCUGGAAGGCGCAGCGUCUGUGAAACCACAAUGGUGAAUGGAGAACCACUGAAUCUUAUGCUUGCUUGCAUGAUUGAUUUUGGACUUAUAUGGGUUUGGUUCAUGGCACGGA